UCAAGCAGCCAUCAUCUGAUUGGCUGUAGCCACGGGUGACAAACGGUCGCCUGUGGAUUUGAAGACGGGGUAAAAUGAUGGAGGGCAAAUUUCCCUCGGCGAAAUCUUGAAUCAUAGCGCAAACCGAUGGCUUCUCCACCUGGGGUGGACAUGUGAGCAGGGGGGAGGCGGCGAAGGAUCGAGAUGCUGGCAGUGAAUUGAAGGUGAAGGGCCGUUCGCUGCGGCACUGUGUGGAGCUGCUGGACCCGCCCCGGCAACUACAGUCGCUGGUCAGGGGGUCGCACUGUUAUCGCCACAGGCCGCAGGCUCCAUCCUCACUCUAACUCUCUCUGCCCUGUAGCCUCUCAAGUAAAGCCGGUCCUCGGGGGGAGGCACAAUGCCACAAUAAGCUGCAUUGACUCUGAUCAGGCUUCCAAUCUGGUGUUCCUCCAUUGCGAAUGUUACUGAUAUUCUUUUAAAAAAGGACUUGUCUAAAAAGGACUUGUCUAAAAAGUAUCUGCUAACAGCACAAACAGAGCCUGAAUUUAAGGAUUUCAGCUGAUGCAGUAGACUUCAUCUUCAGGAUAAAAUCUGCAGUACGGAGCAUAUAACGAAAAUGGAUGAGCAAAGUGUUGAGAGCAUUGCCGAGGUGUUCAGGUGCUUUAUUUGUAUGGAGAAGUUGCGUGAUGCUCGGCUUUGUCCACACUGUUCAAAACUUUGUUGCUUCAGUUGCAUAAGGCGUUGGUUAACAGAACAGAGAGCCCAGUGCCCGCAUUGCAGGGCACCUCUUCAGCUACGGGAACUUGUGAACUGCCGUUGGGCAGAGGAAGUCACACAACAACUGGACACUCUUCAGCUAUCUAAUCUCAAUAAGCAUGAAGAAAAUGAUAAAGACAAAUGUGACAGUCAUCAUGAGAAGCUAAGUGUAUUCUGUUGGACUUGCAAGAAAUGUAUCUGCCAUCAAUGUGCACUUUGGGGAGGAACGCAUGGAGGUCACACAUUCAAGCCAUUAGCUGAGGUUUAUGAUCAACAUGUGACCAAGGUGAAUGAUGAAGUGGCAAAGUUGCGACGUCGACUGAUGGAGCUGAUAAGUUUAGUUCAAGAAGUGGAGAGAAAUGUGGAAGCAGUAAAUAGUGCAAAAGAUGAGCGUGUGAGAGAGAUUAGGAAUGCCGUGGAAAUGAUAACUGCAAGACUGGAUACACACCUGAAAAAUAAACUGUUCACACUAAUGGGUCAGAAGAGAUCGUUGACCCAGGAAACUGAGCUGCUUGAGUCACUGUUACAAGAAGUAGAACAUCAGCUGCGAUCCUGCAGUAAAAGUGAACUAAUUGUGAAAAGUCAAAAAAUCCUGUUGAUGUUUCAGCAAGUGCAUCGUAAACCCAUGGCUUCCUUUGUCACUACACCUGUCCCACCAGAUUUCACCAGUGAAUUGGUUCCUGCCUAUGACUUCAGCACAUUUGUCCUAUCAAAUUUCAGCACUUUACGUCAGUGUGCAGACCCUGUAUACAGCCCUCCUCUGCAAGUGUCGGGACUCUGUUGGAGACUGAAAGUUUAUCCAGAUGGAAAUGGAGUCGUGCGUGGAAAUUACUUGUCAGUGUUUCUAGAACUCUCUGCAGGACUCCCUGAAACAUCAAAGUAUGAGUAUAGAGUAGAAAUGGUUCAUCAAGUCUCCAAUGACCCAACCAAAAACAUUAUUCGCGAAUUUGCCUCUGAUUUUGAAGUUGGUGAAUGUUGGGGUUACAAUCGUUUCUUUCGAUUGGACCUUCUUGCCAGUGAGGGUUACCUGAAUAUGCAGAGUGACACUUUGGUGCUCAGGUACCAGGUGCGUGCACCUACAUUUUUCCAGAAAUGUCGUGACCAGAAUUGGUACAUCAGCCAACUUGAGGUGGCUCAAACAGGCUACAUUCAACAAAUCAACAAUCUCAAAGAGAGAUUGGCCAUUGAACUUUCACGUAACAGAGCCUCGCAAAGCUUGUCACCACCGAAUACGCGCUUGAGCCCACAAAACAAUGACUGCUCGGAUACCAGGACAAAAAAGCUUGCUUGUAAUGAAGAUUUGCCAGCAGAGGGUGCUUGUUCAGUUUUAGCAGGCAGCCAGGUUAAAGAGGAGGAGGAAGAGGACAAGACUCCACAGGAUGACUCAAAUCAUGAUCUUUCUGAUGGUGAUUUGGACUUGGAGUUCCUCACAGUGGACGAUGAAUUGAAUCAACUUGAUGGCAGCAGCUCCUCUGCUAGUUCCACGGCAACAAGUAAUACAGAAGAAAAUGACAUUGAUGAGGAAACAAUGUCCGGAGAGAAUGAUGUUGAAUACAGUAACAACAUGGAUUUGGAGGAAGGGGAGUUAGCUGAUUCAGCAGGAGCUACUGGAGGAAUGAACAACCACAGUAGGUCUUCAAGGAAGGUAAUGGGCAGUCUGACGUCCACAGCCAGCAACAGUCUACUUGAAAUUGACCCUGUCAUUCUCAUACAGCUGUUGGACCUGAAGGACAGAAGUAGCAUGGAAAAUAUGUGGGGUCUUCAUCCCCAUCCACCAGCUUCCAUCCUGCAUUCAGCAGCUCCAUGUCGUAAAGACCGUGACCAACGGAGACAGCAGUCUGUGCGUCGUUCACCUCCUGAUUCUGGAGUUCUGAAGAGGUUAAAGGCACAAAUGGCUGAGGUCAGGAGCAAAAUGUCUGAAGUGAAAAGCCAGAUGUCAGAAGUGAAAAGUACGAUGUCAUGUACUGAUCUGGGAUCAAACUGCAUCACUUCUGCUGGAGAGCAGGGACCACUGGGGCCCUGUGGAAUUGACAACAUCCAGAGACGUGAAGCAGGGCUGGACCUCUUUUCUAAUUACAUAAAUUCUGCAACCAGUAAGAAAUCAGCAUCUCCGAAGAACAACCGCUCAGGCCCAGGGGCCUCCCUCUCUCUCCGCAGAGCACUGGAUGGUGGAGAUAAGGAUUUCCACUGCCAAGAGAACUGCCAAACCAUUGCAGGAGGAUCAACAAAAUCCAGCAGUAGACAAGGAUCCCCACAUUCCAUAAACAAAUGCAGUGAUUUAGAGAUGCCGUCAGUCUGCAAGGCUGACGAUAGACCUUCUAUCAUUGCUGCUUCAGAAAUAUUCAGCACCUCGGCACUGAAUGGAUUGAGCUCGCUGGAAAUGUCACGGAAAAUCGUCACAAUAGGGUCGGUUACCCCAUGCUCGUUCAUAGAAAGUCAGCAACACUCCAACACAGAGAAUGCAAUCACUUCAGGCACAUGUGCUCUUGAGAGCGGAUCGACUAGUCCUGAAGAAGUCAUGUCCCUUCAGAAGACUAUCCUCCGUUUACUACCUGGGAUGAGUACUGACAGUGAGAGCGAAUGCGAUACUGAGAAUGAGGAGCAGGAGGAGAAUGUGUCUGCAGAGGUGCUCACUCUUAACUUCGCAGUACAAAGUUCGGGUGAAGCAGGUGAUUUGGGCAAUUCUGACGUUGCAAGUUUUGUCAAUGGAGAAAAAAAUGAGUGAUCAUGAGGACUUUAUCAAUGGAAAAUAUUUUGUAUCCAAAUUGCAGUGGAAACAUGGAAAAGAAUGGGAACCUGCUGAAAAUGUUUCCAUCCUUAUUAGCUGGUUAAGGGAAAUAAACUGUAACAUCCUUUGUGAAAGUAAUGUUCGCCUGUCAUUCAUACACUACUGCACCAGCCAUGUGCUGAUACAGCCAACUCCCUAUAAACAUUGCACUGAUUUUGUUUUCUUCAAUGGGUCAGAGUUAAUUACACCCACCAGUACCUGGUUGUACAUUUAAAAAGCUCUUUUUUAAAAUAAACUGUAAACCAUCUCAUUAGCACAGCAAAGCUUUGGCUGUAACGGUCUCUACUUUGGGACUCUGGCACAUUUGCAGCCUCCUGUUUUCUGCGCAGCUGCCCUGUCUACUGUCCUUGGGGAAAAAAUCCUACUGCAGCAGUUGAGACCUCUUUCCAAGCAGUUGACUUGCUAUCCUUCAUAACUUUAGUUCUUCCGCAUUUUAUUGUUGGAGUUAUGGUAGAUCAUUUCCUCAAGCUAUCCACCUCUCCCAGAACAAUUAGAAUAACCGUGAAUGGGCCCUGGCAUGUUCUCAAUUGCCCCUGGUUGAUAUAAGCUAAACACUAACAAUGAUUCGUGUAGGAACUUGGCCUUUCCUGGCAAGUUGAGAUGGGGGAUAGGUAGGGGUGGACUGGGGAUCGGUUGCACUGGUGAGCAGUGGCUGAAAUUGUGAAUUACUGAGUAGGUUAUUGGCAUUGUUGCUUGAUCUAGGCCACUUGUGUUUUACUACUGAUGACUUUGAGAUUGUAAAAUGACUUGUAGAAUUAGACUGACAGACUACAGUAGAUAUUAUUGGUUAGUAUAAAUGAGUUUAUAUUCUGUGUGUGCUGUGUAGCUCAGACCAUUAGAUUAAUGAUUAGAAGUAUGUACAGUAGGGUGUUGUUUUAUCCCUGUACAGACACAAUGGACACUGAAUUGAGUGGUGAUUGAACAAAUGCUCAGUGUUGAGGAAAGUAAGCCAACUGAUCUCUGCAUGUCGAGCCUUUGUGCUUUUUGACUUUAAUCGUGUAUUUUAUCAAAGUGAACACGAGUGACAUUGUACUCAGUUGUUUUGCCAUUUAUGAUCUAAAUGACAUAUUUAAAUACUGCCCUGUCAACUCCACUGAAGUUGACAGUGGGAAUAUGAUUUGUUUGGGCAGCUUCCUUGUCCUCAAUGCAGAAAUCAUGGGUCUGUUGUACUGAUGCAUGGUGGUGCUGUGUACAUAUGUUCUGUGCAGAAUUUCUCCUCUGCCUGGUAUCUCUUCAAGUGGCUCUAGUAUUUCCAUCACUUGCAUCUCUUGUGUGCAAUGAAGCCCUAUAGCAACUAGCCUGCUGGUUACCAAUGUUAUAGCAGCAAGUAAGCUGGAGUCCUCUACAAUGAAACUGAGUAUACUGCAUCAAAGUUUUACAGUUGUACCUGUUUGUAUGGUCUGUUUUAUACAUGAUUGUUUCAGUCCUGGAUCAUUUCUGGCACAAUCGUUGAAGCAAAAGUUCCAACAAGAUUCCUUGAUGUUAAUUUAUUUUCAAAUCAUUUUAUUUAUUCAUUCAGCUUCUGCUCUGAAGCAGCUAUUCUGAUACCCACUAUUAAACCCUUCUCUACCAAAUGGUUUCUGUACAGAAGGUCUAAUCACUUCAUAAUUUUUCUUUGUAGCUAUGCCAUACUGGUGCCAAACAGUGUUUUCCUCUGGGAGCUCCCAAGAUAUGAAUUGAUUAGCAAAGCUGUAAGAGCUGGUGCCUUUAUCUAGAGAAAUCUCUUGCCUGAGUUUUGCUCACAAAUCGGCUUGAUGCUCCCACCCCAAAAGUCUUUGUGUAAAACAGUGCUUAUGAAUCUGUCAUUAUAAUUUGUUCUCCAAGAGAUGGGCAAAUCUGUGGGUUCUGUUAAUUUAUAGUUUACAAUAUCUCUGCCUUAGACCACUCUUUAAUUAUACUCUGAUAUAUCAGGCAUUUGUUCAUUAUUUGGUGCUGAUAUUAGAAAUAGGCUUUUCCAGAAUUUUCCAUUAGGUUGGUCAAAAAUACUUGACUCUUUGGGGGACUCUUUACUUCUCUGCUCACUAGUAUGGUAUGUUAUUAUUUUGGUUUUCAAUAUUUGUGAGCCUUUCUUUGAAAGGUAAUAUGUAGGUAACUGGUGAUCGGUUCGCUCUGGCAGCAUGACCUUAACAGCAGCCUUGUCCUCAUUUCUGCUUAACCUACAACUGUGACAUGCUUUGCAAUGUAUUUAAUGUUGGUUAACAUUGCUCUACAGAGCACAUUAAGGUUCUGUGAAUUUCUUCAGCACUCCUUUGAGAAUGUUCUGCCAUUGGAAAAUUUGGAACUCUAGCAACAAGUCUACUAAGUCACUGCUGGCAGUCUAUCUGUGUACUAGAAGGUGUAGUACUGAGUGGAUCGUCUUGACGUUUCAUCGUGGUGCAAAGUGCCCUGGCCCCAGUUCCUGCAAAGCAUGUCAACAUCCUGUCUAACUGUGAUGUACCUUGUACUGUGAGAAAGUUGUGUUUUAUUUGUAAUGUGUAUCCAGUGUUGCAUUUUAAAUACUGUAUCCAUUGUGUUUACAUGAUAACGUUUCUGCACUUUGUUAAUAAAACUUGUGUUGCAAACUACUGGUAUAUUUUCUGUUUCUGUGACAGGGUGGAUAUAACUGAGGUACAAUUCCUAACGGGCCAAGCAAAAUUUUAACGGUUAAUGUUAAUGGUUUCAAAGAAGAUUUUAUUUUUGCGAUGCUUUGUCACUGGAGAACUUCUGAAAGUGGGUCCUGGGGUCGGUCAUUCUGCGUAUUGAAUUUUGUCCAGAAAUCUAGCAAAGUGAGAGAAGAAUGCUGCCUAAUGUGGUACUGACACUUUGCUGCUGCUCUGAAUAGCUGACAGUGAACUUUUGUCUGCCUUCCAGAAGUUUGGAG